GUGGGGAGAGUAUAUACAGUCAUCGAUUAAUAAUUUGUUUCUAUACGGACUUCUCUCUCUCAUUCCGAAUUCAUUCCACAUUUUUCUCUGUCUUUUUCGGCAGUGAAUGUCCCGUCCUCUGUAGAGCAGCUCACCGGCCGGCAGGGAUGAAUCUCUCCGGCAGACGGUGGUUUGUGGGCGAUUUGGUGUCAGAGGUGCUGGUGCUGGCCAAGUCCAUCGGCCAGUUGCCGGCGGUAGGUGUGGCUCCCGUCCUGAACGCAGUCGUGGUGGUGUGCUGCUGGAUGACGAUGCUGUUGUUCGUGGAGUGGAUGGGUAUGGGGGCAGUCAUUGCUUUCGUCAAAGCGUUCCGGAGAACGCCGGAGAAGCGGUUCAAAUGGGAGCCAUUCACGGACGACGACGUUGAGCUCGGAAACGCCUCUUUCCCUAUGGUUCUUGUUCAGAUCCCAAUGUACAAUGAGAAAGAGGUGUAUAAGCAGUCAAUUGGAGCGGUAUGUGGGCUUUCUUGGCCUUGUGACCGAUUCAUAGUUCAAGUCCUUGAUGAUUCAACGGACCCAAGCAUUAAGGAAAUGGUGGAAAUGGAGUGUGAAAGGUGGGCAAAGAAUGGAAUGGACAUAAAGUAUGAGAUCAGAGACAACAGAUAUGGGUACAAAGCAGGGGCAUUGAGCGAGGGGAUGAGGCAUUCUUAUGUGAAGGAAUGCGAAUAUGUUGUUAUUUUUGACGCCGACUUUCAACCUGAUCCUGAUUUCCUUCGGCGCACCAUCCCCUACCUAGUCCAUAAUCCCGACCUCGCCCUCGUUCAAGCACGAUGGAAAUUUGUGAAUGCUGACGAAUGCUUUAUGACCAGAACUCAAGAGAUUUCUUUGAAUUUUCAUUUCAGUGUGGAACAAGAAGUUGGCUCUUCCACCUACGCCUUUUUCUCCUUCAAUGGAACAGCAGGUGUUUGGAGAAUUGCUUCGAUUGAGGAUGCAGGUGGGUGGAAUCAUCGGACCACUGUUGAGGAUAUGGACUUGGCUGUCCGGGCUAGCCUCAAGGGGUGGAAAUUUUUAUACCUUAGUUCUCUCAAGGUGAAGAGCGAGCUACCUAGUACAUUUAAGGCAUUACGCAACCAACAGCACAGAUGGUCAUGUGGACCCGCUAAUCUCUUCAGAAAAAUGUUCAUGGAGGUACUGAGAAAUAAGAAUGUAAAUUCGUGGAAGAAGAUUUAUAUCAUAUACAGUUUCUUCUUUGUUAGAAAGGUCAUUGCCCAUGUCGGAACUUUUGUAUUUUACUGUUUGGUUCUGCCAACAACAUGUUUGGUUGAGGGAGUCGAUGUUCCGAAAUGGGGAACUGCUUAUGUCCCUUUUGUGAUCACCAUUAUCAAUAUUCUUGCAACACCAAGGUUUGCCUUUUCGAUCUCUAUCUAUAUCCAUGGCCGCGUGGUUUUCAGCUUGUUACAGAAAAGUUGGGGGAUGCAGCUCCAAAGUUGAAAACAGCAGCUAUUGAAGGUUCUAGGAAACCUUAUUUCAAGAUUUUGGAAAGGAUGUAUAUUUUAGAGCUUGCCAUUGGUGUAUAUCUUUUGUUCUGUGGAACAUUUGAUCUUGUUUUCGGGAAACGACAAUAUUGCUGGUAUAUCUUACUUCAAGCAAUCGCUUUCUUUGUAGCAGGAUUUGGGUAUGUUGGCACGUUUGUUCCUACCUCUUAGCAACUCUGCAACAAUAUGAAUUCUCUACAGGGAUGUUAGGUAGAGGACAAGGAGAUGAAGUGGAAGAAAACCUAUCUCUCAUUGGUUAUUACUAGGAUGUAGGGAUGUUCGUCGGUUCGGUUUAGUGGUUUUCGGUUUGAUCGGUUUCGGUUUUAGAAAAGGUGAAACCGUAAACCGAAUCGCACUACUUGAGUCGGUUUCGGUUUAGUUUCAGUUCGGUUAAAUCGGUCGGUUCAUGUCGGUUUUGGUCGGUUUUAGCAUGUCUUGUCAAUUUUUGUCGGUCGGUUUUAGUUCGGUCGGUUUUUUAACCCCAAAGGUGAAACCAUAAAUCGAACCGCCAAUGAUUAAUCGGUUUGAGUCAGUUUCGGUUUUUGUCCGCUCGAAUUCAGUCGGUUCUGGUUUUUCAGUUUUUUUGUUCACCACUACUAGUAUGUACGUAUUUCUCAAGGCUGUCUAUAAAAUUGUUACUGACUAUGAGUAAUAGUAAUGCAACAAAUAUUUAAAUGGUAUAGUCAAAGAUUAGUGUUGCACUUAUAAGAAACAAAUAUUGUGAAGAACUCUUUGAUACUCCCUCUGUCUCACUAUAAUAGUCUCA